UGUAUUUAUGAACCUACUUGAUAAAGUAAAUGCCUUGUUCUUUCUCACUUUGAAUUGGAUGCUUCGUUCCUUGCCUUCGCUCAGUUAUUCCUCGCUUUGCAGCGAUUUAUAGAAUUCGAGAUUGUUGUGGUCUUCCUCCUCGCUCGAUUUUGUGCUUGCUCCAUUUUGGUUGUAGAGGCAAAUUCCUUGUGCCCUGCACUACUCCUGGAAGGUCAUGGCGGAGAUGCUGUCGGAGGAGCAGGUCGCCGAGUUCAAGGAGGCCUUCAGCCUCUUCGACAAGGAUGGAAACGGCAACAUCACAACCAGCGAACUUGGGAAUGUAAUGCAAUCAUUGGGACAGAAUCCUACUGAGGCCGAACUUAAAGAGAUGAUUAAAGUUGCUGAUGUAGAUGGCAGUGGAACAAUGGAUUUUAAGGAGUUUCUUAAUAUGAUGGCACACAAAUUGAAGGAUGCUGGCUCAGAGGAGGAGCUUAAGGAGGCUUUCCGGGUGUUUGACAAAGAUCAAAAUGGGUUCAUUUCAGCUGCUGAACUUCACCAUGUCAUGAAAAAUAUCGGAGAAAAGCUAACUGAUGACGAGGUCAAUCAGAUGAUACGUGAGGCUGAUACUGAUGGUGAUGGUCAAAUCAACUAUCAAGAAUUCAUCAAAAUUAUGAUGAACAAAAGGGAACAAGGAAUCGGAGCAAUCGGAAGUCCCACCAAAAACACUGGCUUUUCUCCGGAACAUGACAGCCAUCAGGGUAAGUGCGGUAAGUUUUUCUCGAGCUGCAGUAUUCUCUGAUCUAUAUGCAGUGGAAGCAGUAGGACACCUCUACUGGUGAGUUUGUUUUAACCUGUAUUUGCAUGGCUUGUAUCAAUGACUUUGUGGGGUUUGUAUGAACGUUAGGCUCACUGUUCAAACCUAUCGAUCGAUUGAUUGUUCUAUUCAUAUUCGGUGUAAAAAUAGGCAAUUUCUGUUUGGUUCAACUUCUUGUUACUGAAUACUAGUACUUCUUGUUUUACCAUUUUAAAAUUUUUGGCAAUUUUUUUCUA